AUGGCUGCCAGUGCUGCUACUGCUGCAUCUCAGCUAACUGUCUUCACUUACAGCAAUGAAAGCAGCUGCGACGUGUAUAACCACCACUUUGCAGCGAAAGUAAUUUUUUCAUUCUUUUACACUGUCCUGCUGGUCUUUGGCUCUUGUGGAAACGUCCUUGCCCUUUAUGUCACCUUCCACCGAGGGAAGAAAAUCAACUCAACUGAUCUCUACUUAAUCAACCUUGCUGUGUCAGAUGCCCUUUUCACACUUGCUCUGCCGGGAAGAAUUGCUUACUACAUCUUAGAAUUCAACUGGCCUUUUGGAGACUGGUUCUGCAGGGUGACGGCAUUCAUCUUUUACAUGAACACCUAUGUGGGCAUCUACUUUAUGACAUGUGUGAGUGUCGACCGCUACAUCGCCGUGGUCCACACUCGACGGCUUGGCAGAUUUAGGAAAGUGAGCCGAGUGAAAUAUAUCUGCAUGCUGAUAUGGUUCAUUGUGUUCCUGCAGACAAUAUCAUUGCUCUUCAGGCCCAUGACCAAGAAGAUAGGAGAUAAGCUGACCUGCAUGGAAUAUUUCAACUUUGAAGAAAUUCCUAAGCUGCCAUUUAUCCUUCUGGGCGCUUGCAUGAUUGGAUUCUGCCUACCAGUGGGGAUUAUAUUAGUUUGUUAUGUGCAGAUCAACCUAAAACUAUGCAGAGCAGCCAAAGAAAACCCUCUGACGGAUAAGAAUGGGCACCACAGAAAGGCUUUCACAAUCAUACUGGUUGUGCUCCUUGCAGUUGUGAUUUGCUUUAGUCCUUACCAUUUAAAUAUCAUUCAGUUCAUGAUCAGAAAGAUACUGUACCAGCCAUCUUGCUCAGCACAGAAAGCCUUCAAGAUGUCUCUUCAAAUCACAGUGGCUUUUAUGAACAUGAACUGUUGCAUUGAUCCAAUAAUUUACUUCUUUGCAUUUAGAGGGUAUAAGAGAAGACUCCUAAGACUAUUUAAAACCAGUGGCUCAGCUCCAUCCUCCUCCACUGGAAAGUCAUAUUCAGAAAGCAAUAGCAACAGCCACAACCAAGGAGUUUGCUCAUCCUCAGCUUAGCUAUAAAUUUUCAAUGUGUCCAUGUCUACUCAAAGCUCUUAUCUUAAAAUUACCCAUUGUUGCACUGGAGAAAUUCCAUAGGUGGCAGCAAAGGUGGGAGCAUAAGUAUAGACAAGUUGCUGGUGUCUUUGCCACUGUAUCAUCUAACACUUGCCAGAACACAAUGGCAUGGCACUAAAACCACCAGCACCUCUUCCACACUUAUAUUCCCACCGUUCAAUGGAGCUGACCCAGUGGCAGGAGAAGGGUGGAAGUCUUAAGGAAAGAGCUGGGUAUCGACAAGGUCUUAGACCAAGAUACAUAUUUUUACACAC